AUGUUUGCUCUAUUUGCAAAUCAUGCCUUGUGUGAUAAACUGAUCACUCAAGUUGGCGCAUAUGCCCAGAGGAUAUGUAAUGUUGAUCUAGAUAUAAAAUUUGACUUGGAAGACAAUCCAAUGAUGUCAUAUUAUAUGAUUUUAGUAAAUCCACCAAGUGGCCUCAGAGUUAAUCAGCAUCAUCAACUUGACCCAAUCUUCGAAAUAAAACCAAAAUCUUAUGUUACCAUUCAUACCGAAGACUGGCAUUACCUUAAAUAUUUUAUUGUUAGAUAUCCACGAACAUGCUUAUCGGUCGAGUUUCUCCUUAACUCACGUAUGGGACAAAAAUUUAUUUAUAAUGCAACAGAUAGAACAAUGCCACACAAUGGAACAUAUUGCUCCGCAUUUGUUUCAUUUUACCCAAUAGAUAUUCAUAUCUCUACAGAAACACCUUCAGUACUUUUUGUUGACAACUAUUCAAUCAAUGAAUUUAAAUUUCGAACUAACAAAGAAUACAAUUUUGAAAACGUUUAUUCAGUAUGCAUUGGAUUUAGACCACAGAGUUUUGAACCUGACCAAAAUGUUGUUAUCGAGAUUACAAGAUCAUUUAUUCAUUUCGAAGAAGAAGUAUUUACAUUUACCUCAUAUUUCAACUACUUUAAGAAGAAAAUCUUUGCUGAAUCGGCUUCAGAUUUCAAUGUUCCGAAAGAUAUUAACCUCAAGCCAGGAGUAUAUUAUCCUGAUGCCGGUGUAAAUUCUCCUGAUUAUCACAUAAAGGAGCACUCAUAUGUAGUUUUCACUCUUUUCGAUGAUUGUUUCGGGUACGUAAGAAGUGGACUAUCAUUGUUAGAGAUACUUGGUAAUACUAAUAUUGUAUCAGUUUAUUUCAACACAUCAGGUGUUAUGAGUUUUUAUUCAUACCAAUCAUGUGCUCCAUUACAUUUUGUUGUUUAUGAUCUUGAUUUAACAGAUAUUAGUAAUGUUAUUACAAAUUGUAAUAAUGAAAAUCUCAAAUUUGAAUCAACUAAAGGUGAAAGAAAUGUCCUUGUAUCUGCAUAUUAUGAUGGAAUGAUUACAAUUUCAAGUUCCAGUGAUAAAUUUGUAGAAUCGUAUAAUUAUUCCGGACAAGCUAUUAAUGAAUCUUUAGUCGGAUAUUCAUUUUACUCAAUAGUUAGUCAGGCUGAAAAUAGCAAAAAAUCUGAAUGGAUAAAGCUCAAAUUCUCAGGAAAUUUCGAGGGUUGGCAAAAUUAUUUAAUUGAAGGAAAGAAUUCGUACUAUAAAGCAUAUUCAAUUAAUGAUUCGUGUCCUUCAAAAAGAUUGAAUUCGGGCAAUUGA